UGAUUCAUUUGACACUGACAGUUAAUUUAUUGUUUUUCGCGAACUAAAAAUUGCAUUGCAUCGUAUUUUCAACAACUAUUUUGCACAUCGAUGUAGAUUUUUGGGUCAAAAAUGUCGUUCAUUAAGUUCGAAAAUGUUGGUUCAUUUUUGAGACACUGUAACGGGACGACUCUGCGGUAUGACCAGGCAUGUUUGGAGAUAGACACUGAACAUCCGAUUAGUUUUUGGAAUCAGUAUGAAGAAUGCGAGGGUUGCGUGUUGCUGAAGACAGCUCAUUUGCCAUCUACAGGCUCCAUUGUGCUCAGUACUUUGAGUCCAGCUCGGUAUGCCAUCAAGAAUGGUGCGGAAGAGAUCUGCAAUGGAACCUUCCAGUUCCGCGAGUUCGGCCAAUACAGCAUCAACCUAACGGAGAAAGGGAACAAAUGCAGUCCGCAAAUGACCGCGGAGCCCGACGAGGCCUCGCUGCCGAUCCUGACGGCGGUGGUCAUCCUGCUGUCCAUGGCUACUCUGUGGUACAUCGUCAAGGGCAUCGGCAAGCGCGUCAUCGCUGGGAGACUCUACGCGAGGUACUUUGCCAGGGAAGACAACGAGCUCGGCUCGGAGACCCCGGUCUUGAUGGAAGUCACCCCGCGCUCGCCCACGCGCUCCCGGCUGCGAUCUUUGGACAUAUUCCGGGGACUGGCCAUCGCUCUCAUGAUUUUCGUGAACGCCGGCGGCGGCGGCUACGCGGUGUUCUCUCACAGCGUAUGGAACGGCCUCACGGUGGCUGACGUGGUUUUCCCAUGGUUCGCCUUCGCCAUGGGAGAGGCUCUUGUAUUGUCGCUUAACGGCCGCCUUAGGACCUCUCUGCCUAGGACUACAGCUUUUUAUCAGGUGGCCCGUCGCUCGCUCGUGCUAGCUCUAAUCGGCAUAGUGCUCAGCUCACAACUGGUGUCCUGGGAACACGUUCGACUCCCGGGCGUGUUACAGCGCCUGGCUGCUAUGUACCUGAUCGUUGGAGCCUUGGAGUGCGCCUUCAUGCCUACCAGUCAGAACAUCACGCCUGGUCGUUCCUUGUUGCGUGAUAUCACAGCUGGAUGGCGGCAGUGGCUGAUCACAAUGGUACUCGUCGGCAUACAAGUGGUGAUAACGUUGACUGUCCCCGCGCCCGGCUGUCCCCGCGGGUACAUGGGCCCCGGCGGGCUCCACCUGUCCGCGGCCGGCCAGCAGCUGCAGAACUGUACCGGCGGCGUCGCGGGACACGUCGACAGAUUGAUCCUAGGCCCCUCCCACUUAUACCAGAAGGGCACCUUCCGCCAACUGUACCACACGUCGCUGCCGCACGACCCUGAAGGCAUCUUGGGGAUACUAUCUGGAGUGAUGGUAGUCCAAGCGGGAGCUCAUGCUAUGAGGAUCAUGCUGGCUUAUAACCACGCCAGGGCCCGAAUCAUGCGCUGGGUAUUCUGGUCGAUCGUUUUCGCGGUAACCAGUGGCGCUCUCUGCGAAUUCUCCAAGAACGGCGGCCCGAUACCCAUCAACAAGAAUCUAUGGUCGCUGUCCUACUGCCUGGCGACGUCGUCUAUGGCUCUGUUCCUGCAAGCGUUGCUGUACUUUGUGGUGGAUUUGAAACAGAAGUGGGGCGGUCGCCCGUUGUACUAUGCUGGUCAAAACGCGCUAUUCCUGUACAUCGGCAGCGAGCUCCUCAAGCGGCACUUCCCUCUCCACUACGCCAUCCCGGCACCCACACACGCACAACUGCUGGCAACACACGCGGCCGCCAUGUUGAUUUGGCUCGCGGUGGGCGUGGCCUUGUACAAGAAACGCGUCUUUAUCACCUUGUAAUAGAGUCCAAAAUGAUAUGGAGGGAGGUGAGUAGGUGGAGUGUAAUGGCCUAC